AUGGCGGCUUCAUGUGGUUUCUUGAGAAAGGCAUCUAGUUUUUUAUAUUUGCGAUGCAACUGUAGAUCCAUUCUUCUUUCCACAAAUGUAAGGCCAUAUUCUAGCGUAACUGGAAGUACAGAGGACGAAAACUUCGAAGAAAUGUUGAGGAAUUCUAGGUUUGUCAAAUUGGGUCGACCUGAAGGAAAAAUAGUGGCUGGGAAAAUAACGCACAUCGUGGACAACGGUGCGAAAAAAGAUUUGUAUAUAGACUUUGGCUGGAAGUUUCACGCGGUUUGUACGGAAGGGAGAAACAGAGCAAGUUACUACAAUGUGGAUGACCUGGUAAGAAUAAAACUGAUUAAACUGGAAGCUGCAGAACAUUUUCUUGGUCAAACCAGACACAUAACAUUAUGCGAGGCUGAUGCUACUCUAGAGGGGAAGUUGGAUCCACUUUAUAGAUACAGUGUGUUGGAAAAGGAACUCAAUUGAUCAUUUGUGAAAUUCUCCACAAUAAUUUUUGAUGACAUUAAUGUAACAGUAAUAUUUUGUGAAUCAUUUCAAUGUUUUCCUAUCUUGUUUUUAUGUCCUAAUGUGGCUGAAAUGAAUGGUUAUGUAGAGACUUGGGUUCCCAUCACUUGCCUACAACUGAAUAAUAACUUCAGGAAAAUGAUAUGAGUAACAUAAAUAUCUUAAAUUACCUUUAAUUGCAACUGCACAAUAAACCUUUACACCCUUACUUAAGUAUGCAUUCUAUUCUAUUUACAUUUCCUGCAGUACUCACAGCGAGACUUUAACAAACAUAAAGUUCUUUAGUCAAUAAUCAUUUCCUUAACUCUCAUUAUCUAAAUGUUUGAUUCUAGGAUGAUACUGAAAGGAUAAAUUAGAUGUUAGUCACUCUUAGGGGUUAAGGGAAUUUUUCAGGAAAAAUUGCUGUUAAAGUGAUGACAAUAACUUGUUCUAUGAAGAUUCCCCUUGGAAAAUUGGGAAAAAACCUGAAAUGCAUAAGAACUGUAAACAAAUGGAAGCAACAUUAAUGCCUCAAUUUCCCAGAAGGUGCCAUUUUGGCUUAUAUGAUGUCAAACAGUUGCCACUAUUAUCAUUAGACAAUAGCUUGUGUUCGCAUGAGUCCCAUGCAAUGAGUUCAUUUAGAUAAGAGUGGCAAUUAUGAAGCAUGCAGGCCAUAAGUCUAAGUGGAAAAUAUAAGGUUCUGGUAUUUUGAGUACAGACCAAGAAAACAAGGUUAGUGAGAUAUUAAUAAUUUCUCUGAAGCUUUUGAAUUUAGUAGGCUGCACUGUGAAAUAUGGCCUGUUAAAUUGACCAAUAAUAACACAAAUACUUUAUGGUUCAGUUUAGUAAAGUACAACAGACUAUCAGCUGCAGUGUAUGUAUUAGCCAUGAUCAAACCCUCAUUCAGUAGAGAGGAUGCUUUGUAAAGCAGAUUAUGUUAUAUAUUAAUGUUACUCUUAAUAAUA